UUCAUUCUCGACAAAAACUGAGUAUACGUCGUUGUUAUUCAUUAAUAGGUCUACGUUUACUGUACGCCCCGAUGUUUGGAUACAGGCUAUUUUGUUCUGCACUUUGAACAACGGCCACCGAAGUUAGUAGGCCUGCGCUAGAAUAGAUCAUGUGACCGCUCCGUGAUUCUCAGGGCUGUUGGUUUAUAUUUGUAAAAGGGUUUUGCAUUCGGCAGAAAACCACUUCGUUAUCCCAUGAAGUUCACUUCUUGCGCAUAGUGGAAUUUCAGACUAGUUAAAAACAUGCAGUUGCGAAUUCGUAGGUACCAGGACCCUGACAAGGAGACGGUCAGGUCCCUGUUUUCCCAAGGCAUACAGGAACACAUCGGGCCAAGUUUUAAGAAUGCUAUGAGCAGCCCGCUCUACCUGUGCUUCUCCCUGGGUCUGGGCGUCACUGGCUACCUCCUGGCAUCUGGUUUAGGAGCCCUUGUGCUUGUGUCUGGCUGGGCGGGCCUAGUCUACUACUGCUGCCACAAGUUGUAUGCUGACUAUGUCAGGGGCAGGCUGCAGGCGGACAUGCAGGACAUACAGGCGAGCUACAUGGCCCAGCCAGACGACUGCUUCUGGGUGGCAGAGACUGUUGCCACAGGGAAGGUGGUGGGUAUGGUGGCUGUGGUGGCCAAGAAGAACGGUGCAGAGAGGUACGGCGAAUUGUUCAGAAUGAUUAUAUCGUCUGCGACACGCCGGACGGGCCUUGGAUCCAGAAUGACUCAGGCAGUCCUGGACUUCUGCAAGCAGCGUGGGAUGUCCAAGGUUAUUUUGGAGACCUCCUCCACUCAAACGGCUGCCAUUGCCCUGUACCAGAAAUUGGGGUUUAAACAUGUCCGCUCAUAUACUAAAACACAUGUCGCUAAUUGGAUGAUGAAGAUGACUAGAGUUACUAUUGUAGUCAUGGAAAAAUCUAUAUAGAACUGGGAAAUAUAAAACGCUGAUCGUGUUAAAUAUCACUCCAUAUAAUUUUAGACUAUCAUUUUAUAAAUUUUAAUAUAUGGUCCCUUCUCAUAAACAUAACACUUGUGUAUGCAUUAAGUGUAAUAUGUUUAAGUGUAAUAUGUUUGUAUUGUCAAGUGUCAAGCGUUUAUGAGCACUUCCGAUGACAAUAUAAAAAUAGUAUUUUUGUAAAUGAACACUCCCACAAAGCUAAAUGUAAUCGUCUAACAUAAAGUUAUAAUAUAAUAAUAUAUUAUGUUACAAAGCUUAUUUGAUUACAUUGUAUGUUAUUUGCUCAUUUAUGAGUUACAUUUUGUUAUAAUAAAGAAUAUACUUAUAUUUACUGAUAUACUGAUUGUUUGUGAUGAAUUAAACACACAACGGGAGAGAGAGGAAGUAAGAGGAAGGUAGCUGGGGUCAGCUGUGUAGCCGUGUCGUUGCUUCUUGUCUCUGGGGUCCAUUUGAUUGGUAUCACCCUCCUUCACCCAUCAUGUGAACAUAGGAUUACACUUUUCAUGGUUGUGGUAUAUUCUACAACGGAAGAUGUUGAAUUAAUCUGAAAAGCACUCCCAUAAGGAGUGCUGACCUAAGAUUAUUUAAACCGGUGUGAAUGAUUUUCAGAGUGCCUUAAUCAACAAACAUAAAACAUUGCAUUUUCAUUUCUAUAACUUAUCAAAUGAGAACAAUAUGUUCUUUUGAUUGUAACACGUAGGACUACUAGUGCAAUGGAUGGCCUAAAUUCAACAAGUGAACGCAACAUAAUCCGAUGACCAGUGCCCUCGGCACACCAUUGCCCCCCGUCCAUCUUCCGUCCAGCUGUGGGGCUUGUCAAGGCUUUUAGUCCAGUGUUUUCCUGGUUCCCAACUAAAUGUCUCACACAAGGCCUUUAAAGUUAGAAGAGUCCGCUGUUGGGAGUAAUAUUACACUUACAAAUUACUGUGGUCGAAAUUAAUGAUUAUAUUAUAUGGUAAACUAUGAUUAUUAUUAGGCCUGUAUAUCUAAUGGUAGAAAACAUGUGAAGCGUCUUGGAUUCUUAUCCAGGGCUGGUCACGAGGCCUGGGAGUCUUGGGUCAGAGCCGGGGGUUGGGGCCCAACCCCCCAGGAGCAGGAAGCUACUGAGACCGUGCAUGCUGACUCCACUUCCUGGGUCCUAGACUAUCUCGUGACCAUCUGUUUAGAAGAAUUUGUGUUUGAUUAUGUGUGGACACCUAAAAAACAAGAAACUGCUGAGUACUGUGCUAUUGUGUGUUUAAGAAGAGGCUGGAAUCUGUUGACGAGCAGUGACUCUAUAGAUCUACUCAGGUUGUUAUCGUUGCUGU